UGAGCCUGCGCACAAACAGAGCACGGAGGGAAAGAGCGAACAAGACGUGAAACCUAUCGUCACAUUUGUGCCUUUUCCAGCGGAUUUUUCAGCUACUGUAGUAAAUCUUGUCCGUAUUCAGUUUGUGGAGGAUGCGCAAAUAUGGGUGCUGAGUCCAUAACCGGGCUAUGGCAGAUGCAGCUGUGGGAUUAGCAGAGAGAGGAACACAGAGACCCACCAAGAUCACACAGGAAUCCUUCAUUUUCUGAGGUGGACAGGAUGGAUUCAGACUACAAAAAGAAAUCUACACUGUCAUCUUGCAUGUCUCUGAAGAGUAAUAGAUCAAAGAGCCCACCACCAGAUUUAAGCUCUGGGGAAACCAUGAAGGACAGGAAUGCAGUUCCACCUGGAGCAACACUCCCUCUUAGUGGGCAAUGGGAAAAAACUGGAGAAUGUGACCUCAGGCUACCGACACUAAUUGAAGACUGGACCAGAGAACAUGUGAAAGAUUGGCUGGUGAUUACACUCAGGGUACCAAAUCAUGUUGCACAGAGCCUCUAUGAACAAGAAUUUUCAGGGGCUUGCUUGGCCUCCUUUGAAAAACAAGACUUGUUAGACUUAGGUGUGCCACCUGCUCCAGCAAUACAAAUCAUAAAACAAGUCGAGAAAUUAAGGAAGCAUUCAGAAACAUUUAAUUUAAGUGCAAGAUUAUCAGAGAGUUAUUACACUGAUGAAUUUGUUGAAACUAAAACGGUGUCAUCAGAUUCAGGAAUCCAAAGCGAAAGUUCUGUAGUUGAAGACAUGUUGCAGACAGGAAGAGACAGAAUAAGAUCAGUAACAGAUCAGAACACAAGGGCCGAUACACAGUUGCAUAAGGAAAAUACUGACAACACAACAGAGCUACAAUUUAGGAGACAAGUAUGUCAAAUGCGUCCCUUUGACAAAAAUAAUUUCUCCACAUUCUACAUGGAAAAUGACAUUUUUCCACCUGCAACUGGUCCAAGUAAUCUCCUUGACCCAAUCCACGAGUACCAGCUUCUGCCUAAUGCAACUGAAGCAGAUGAAAGAGAAAUCUUAUAUGAAUUCACAAGAGAAGUGUUUAGCUUUGCUGCAAGCUGCAUGAAUUCACGAACCAACGGAACUAUUCAUUUUGGAAUCAACAACCAACAAGGACCACAACAUGGUCAGGUUAUUGGACACACAAUCACCUCUUUCAAUAAGUAUAUUGAGGCAUUUGAAUUAUCAGUGAGUGAAUAUUUUGAAGAACAACAUGUAAAUGCUGCUAGAAUGUGCAUCAGACCUCCUAAAUUUAUACAAGUUUGCUAUCAAGAUGGAACAACUUCAGACAAAUGGGUGAUUGAGGUUGAUGUAGUUCCAACAUAUUCAGAGACUCAGCACAUUCUUUUUUAUACUCAACUGAGUAUUACUACAGCAGAAACAACUCAGCAAUGCAAAACUGAAUGCCUGUUUGUCAGGGAUGGCUCAAGGUCAAUCAACAUUUUAGCAGACACAAACCCUCGGGUGGUUCAAGAGGAAAUGAAAAGCUUGACAGAGAAAGUGAAGCACUGGGCGUCAGCACGCAAGUCAGCAGAAGAAAAGGAUGAGAAACUCCCACCACAAGGCCACCAGGGUCAAAGACUAAAGCAGCUCAUAACCCGUGGAAGAGAUUCUUUUGAUAAUUCCCUGCAAGUCAUUGUGGUUACUGACAAAUGCCAUUCAAGUCAACUGGAGCACUUGGAUUUUCUAAGUGAGAUGAAGUUGUUUGCUGUUCUUGAGUUUGACCCAGAAUCUGAUGUAAAGGGAACAUGUAGUUUUUACAGAAGACACCACAUAGCCAAUCUGCACUACCCACGAAUGUAUACCACUCAAGACAGUUUGACUGCAACCAUUAGAAAGCUAAACUUGUUUAAACAAACAAGCUGGGUUUUCUGCAAUGGAAAGGUAAAUGAAGAUAGCGCCGCAGACAAGCCUCUCGCACCCAGUGAAUGGCUUAAGAGACGCUCUGGUGAUAUCAGCAACUUGAUAUCUCUGCUUUGUAAGCCAGAUUUGCUUUCCAAGGAUAGACUGCUGGUGAUAUUUAUUCUUCACUCUGCAGAAACGGACAUCUCAAGCCCUCUUCUGGAGACAUUCUGUGCCAUCUAUCGCACACUAGAAGGAGCUGAUAAUAUUGUGUGCAUAUGCAAAGAUGCCAGUAUAUUCACUGAGUGGAAAAGGCUGAUUGAGUCUCGUUGUAAGGAAGACAUCACCAGUAAAUGCAUUUAUGAAUUAAGUCUGAAUGAAAUAUCCAGCACCAUCAAAAAACUCAAAGAACCUCAAACACAGUCCUCCCAGAGAUACUUGCCAUCCACAGGUUCAAGCUCAGUCCAACUGACAAGAAAAGAUGAAGAGCUUUUCACUGCUUUGGACAUCUUGUGUGAAAAUGAAUGUGAGAACACAGAAAUUGAAACAAUGGAUUCUUUUCAAGGGUUUAAGAAGAAAACAGAGGAAGAUUUUUACAGAGGAGGACAAGUUACAUGGUGGAAUUUUUACCUUUCUGUGCCUUUCAUCAGGCGAGACAAAUACAAUGAGCUAUAUGACUUGAUCACACCUGUCCAAGGCUACACAUCUUCAUGUGUAGUAAUAAAUCUAUUCCAUCACCCAGGAUGUGGCGGAACAACUUUAGCAAUGCAUGUCCUUUGGGAGCUAAGAAGAAAAUUCAGAUGUGCUGUUGUUAAAAACAACAUGGAAAAUAAUAAUGAAAUUGCUUCCCAAGUCAUGAAUCUUGUGAUAUAUGGCAAACAGGAACAGCCAGGUUAUGUCCCUGUUCUUCUCUUGGUGGACAACUGGGAAGAUGUAACAGACCUAAAACAGUGCAUCCUGAAUGUUGCCAGUAAUCGAAAACAACAUAACAGUCCCAUGGUAAUUAUACUGAACUGUGAGAGGACCCAAUUUCCAUAUGAGAGCUCCAGAAACAGCCACUUUGAAAAUGUGUUCAUGACAAACAAGUUGUCAGCUAAAGAGCAGAAUUUGUUUUCUGGAAAACUUGAACAGCUCAAAAUUGACCAUGAGAAACCUGAAACUUUCUAUGCCUUCAUGAUCAUGACAAAUAACUUCAGUGAGGCUUACAUUACAGAUCUGGUGAGCAACACUGUUAAAGAUCUUGACAGUACUACCCAACAGGGUCAAUUAUUGUCCUUCCUAGCUUUGCUGAACACUUAUGUCAAUGGAUCCUACUUGUCCUUGUCUCUGUGUGAAGAACUAGUGGGCAUAAAGGAUGCCCUGUACAAGCGAGAAACUCUUGAUGACAAAAUGAAUCCCUAUUCCACACUGCUGAUAACCUUCACCAUCGAAGAACAUGGCACCUAUCAAGCAGUGCGAUUCUUGCACCAGAUGAUUGCAAGUAAGUGUCUUAAAGUUCUUAAUCAAAAACAUAAACUUUCUCUGUCUGAGAUAACCAUCAACAUUUUGCACUGUGACAGAGUUUACGAGUCAUGCAUGGGAAAGGAUUUUCUGGUCCAAAACAUUCAGAGCAUGCUCAUCACACGCCACAGAAAAGAACAAGGAGAUGACAAAGACACACUGUUUUCUCCUUUAAUUGAAGAAAUAUAUGCUGAGGAAGGACCUGACAAAACCAAAGAAGUCUUAGAAAGAGCCACAGUGAGGUUUGACAGAAGUGCAACACUGCCGCAAGCACUGGCAAGAUAUUUCUACUUGAAAGAAGAAGACUUCACAUCAGCCCUGCGUUGGGCUUUGGAUGCACAAAGUAAAAACCAAAAUUCCUACAUUGCAGAUACAGUUGGACAAGUUUAUAAGAGCCACCUCAAAAAGAAAAUCCAAAAUUCUCUAACUCCUGAAGAAUAUGAUGAAUGCCUAAGAUUGGGUGUCAAAGCUGUAAAAGCAUUCCAGGAGUCACAGGAGCUUGCUAAAGCAGAUGAACAAGUAGAUCCUUUUGAUCUGCAUAGCAGAAAGAGAUCAAAGUCCUACAAUACAUCAGGCUAUGUUGGAGAGACAGAAGUAAUGAUUAUCCUUCUUGACAUCAUUAAAGAUCUUCCCCUCUCUGGUGUCAGUGGCAGAUAUAAAAGAGAUAAAAUGCUUCAGUUUCUCAAAGGGCACCUUGAAGAGAAAAAUCUAUAUGAUUACAGCAACACAACUGCCAAUGAAUUUGUGGCUGUACUGGCAGAACACAAGAAAUUUCUCAUCUCCUUGAGGCCAAGGCUGAAGGAAAUUUUCAAUUUUUUUGAGAAUUAUUUUACAUACCUAAAGCCUAGGUCAAAGGAAAGGGAAAUGACUGAUGAAAGAAGUAAACGAAAAGUAUCUGAGUACUUCAGAAAGUACAUACAAGUCUUCAGUACUUCAGAUGAGGAGAAAGCAUCCGAAAAGGCCAGAAACCCUAAUCUAAGUCUCAGGCAGGAAAUACUGGACCAGAAGUUCUAUCUGGAAACAAAGCGUGCGGACACAUUUGCUGGAAUUUUGCAGUGCUUGACUGAUAAACAUGGUACUGAAAUGGAGCACAUUGUCAGAAAAUGGACAUUUAUCUAUGACAAUUCAUCAUCUGUCUCAGAUAAAGUAAACUUCAUUUUGGCAAACAUAGUCUUGCAAAGCAUCAAGCCAUCUUCAAAGUUGGUAAAAAAAUAUGAAGACCUAGUUGAACUUCUGAAUGAGGAACUGCAAAAAGAGGGCACCCAAUCAAAUCUAACAGAACUGUACUACCUCUCCAUGCUGCUCCUGUGGCCUACAAAAGACAAAAAGCUUGCAAGCGUUGCAGCAUGCCAAAAUAUCAGCACAUAUAUCACAGCAGCCAAGAAAUCCUUUCAUCGGCGCUUCUCUUACAUGUUUCCAGCAAGGAGUACUAUAGCUCAUUUCUUUCUUGGAAAAUCCAGUGGACUAAAGCGAAUAGUUUCUAAAGCAAAACUUGAUCAAAUUCUGGAUCGUGUUUCAAAACAAGACUCUUCCAGUAGUGAGAGUACUCAUUCACGAAAGCAUCAUCAUCUUUGGCAGAGUGGUGCAGCAUGGAACCGGCCAGAGGUGCAGGAUGAGCUGUUAAGGAUAAAAGGGAAAUCAGAAAAUGGUGAAAUUUAUGUUAACUAUGGAGCCAACCUAAAAAUAUUGGUGCGCCCAGUUUACUUGGGUGACAUUCGAAGUGGAUACAGCCAGGAGGAAGUAUCCUUUUACCUUGGAUUUACUAUGGAAGGCCCAGUAGCCUAUAAUGUAAAGUAUGUAAAUGACCAGUGAAUGUAAAAACAAAAUGUGCUAUGGAAUACUGUUUCCUUGUCUGGCAACAGAACAAGUGACGUGGGAAGAAAAUCCAAGAGAAGAGGUUCAGUAGAGAGAAAAAAAUGGCUACAAUAAUGAAAUAGACUAAUUUUGCAGUAUCAUAAAUGCUUUAAGAUAAAAAUUAUUAUUUGAUAGCCUAGGUAAAACCAGAAAUACGAUUAACAAAAUAUACAGUCCUUUUAUUCUAAAUACUACUGUCACGUUUAGACAAGGGAAGAAAUGGUAAAAACAGUGCUUUUUAAGCACCCAAUGAAUCAUGAGUGUCUUGUUCACAGAAAUUAAAACCGCCAUUUUUGAAACCCAGCACUGGGGGAAAUGGCUACAAAAAACAACACGAUGUUCCCUUGAGUCUGAUGAAAAGCUACAGACAGAUGGUGUGGGAAGCUCAAACAGGUUGCUAUGAUGACAACCACACAUUAGGUACUGGCUAUCCGUGGCGGGUCAAUCUGAGUAGGUACCAAUUGGAAAGGCUGGCUCUUUAAAAAGUGAGUAAACUUUUUUUGUACCUAAAAUUGAUAAGCUUUCUUAAUAUAAAUUCAAUGCAGUGUGAUGUAGAUUAUCAAAAAAUGUGGUCAGUUUCAUCAAUGUUCCAUGUGUUUCUUUUAUGAGCUAUAACUAUCGAAGUUGUGUUCUAAUGACAUCUUGCUGGUAUGAAUAACAACAAAAAUUGUCAUAUUUGGCAAAUAUUUAAAUUUCAGCUUUAGCCUACAAAGAAAAAAAAUGCAAUUUAUAGGAUUAUUUUAUUGUUUCUGGUGGAUGGAUGAUGGACAUUGUUUUAAAGUUGUAAAUGUUUCUCUUUUGACAUAUUUUUUUUGUGGAAACUUGAAGCUUGAAAUGUUUUAUUCUACAAUGUAUAACUGACUAAAGGUAUGAAGCUGACAAACAGACAACAAACGGGGAAGGAAACCACUCUAACCUUUCUCACUCUUUCUUCAAUUACACUCCUGAUUGGGAAAGUGUCUAGACAGCUGUGCUAGGAGCACUCUGUGAACAUUAAACAUUAAAACACACAUGUCAAAUUCAACAGAAAAAGAGCAAACUAUACCAGAUCCAUCAACGUGUGAUGGAUUGAAAUAUGCACAGAAGUGUUGAGCCAAAGACACCAAGUGCGAAAAAUUAAGAAUAGAAAAAAAACAAUCUACUACUUUACAACAGCGUUGUUAUAAAUGUUUUUACAUGGAGUGAAUGCAUUUUGGUGUACUUGGGUCAUCUGUUAAAUGUACUUAUGUGUUGGAAUAAGUCUUCAAAAAGCAAAGGGGAUGGGAUUCUAUGGCAUGUAGCAUAUGUAUAAGGUGACACAUGUAAUUUGCAUUACUGUAAGGUAAACUUGGACUAAUGACAUGUAUUUUUACUGAAUGAGAUGAGUUUGAUGAUUAAAAGCUUUAGCAUUAGCAAAAGCA